AAAAAAAGAGAAACAGUAUAAAGCAUAAUGGCAAAUUCACAACAAGUAUUCCAAGCAACUUAUUCAGGUGUACCAGUGUACGAAAUGCUUUGCAGAGGAGUAGCUGUGAUGCGCAGAAAGUCAGAUUCCUAUUUGAAUGCUACUCAGAUAUUAAAAGUCGCGGGUUUUGAUAAACCACACAGAACUCGUAUUUUGGAAAGAGAAGUACAAACAGGACAACACGAGAAAGUUCAAGGCGGCUAUGGAAAAUACCAAGGUACUUGGGUUCCAUUAGAACGUGGCGAUAAGAGUCCACCGAUUGCGCCAAAGCAUACAACAGCAGCUUCAGCACGGGCCAAGAAGGCCGCACGUGAGCCGCGACCGGUGAGAAAGAGAGUAAGGAGAGAAAUGGUAGAAGAAGACAUAUCAGACAUAGACGACAUGUCUCAUCAUGGUAUUCAUAUUCUUCCUGCUCCAGUAGAAGCAGCUGCAAGUCCCGGUAGACGAACAAGACAUGUCAAGGAAAGGCGGCACAACAAUAAGCCUGCCGUCGUAAAAGAGGAAAGACCAGAGGUAAAAGAACCAGCUGUCGAGCCAGCGAUUAUUGUGGAUGAUCCGGUCAUCGAUGAUUAUGACUCUAGAGAAAAGACAUAUGCUCAAAAGCUGCUUCAAUUUUUCAUGUCAGGGCGUCAAGGCAUACCUUCUUUACUGGCAUAUCCCUCCCGUGAUCUCGAUCUGAACUUGAUCAUUGACGAUGAGGGGCACACAAGUCUCCAUUGGGCCUCAGCUAUGGCUCGUAUCGACAUUGUCAAGACUCUUAUUGAUCAUGGUGCAGAGAUUGAUAGAGUCAAUUAUCAGGGACAAACAGCCUUGAUGCGUAGUGUCUUGUUCACAAACAACUUUGAUGAAAAGACAUUUGACACUCUACUCACAUUCUUACGCCCCACUGUGUUCCAUAUUGACAAGAAGGAUCAAACGGUGUUUCAUCAUAUCGCGACCACAGCAGGUUCUAAAGGGAAGGUACAUGCCUCUCGUUACUAUAUGGAAUGUCUUAUCAACAAGCUAAGCUCAAAUCGAUCAGAACUGAUAUCUAUUUUAAACGUCCAAGAUGCGUAUGGUGACACAGCAUUGACCAUUGCGGCACGUAUUGGAAACAAGCGCCUGAUCAAACUCUUGAUCGAUGCUGGAGCCAGUACGGAGAUAGCGAAUGAAGAUGGAAUGACGUCUAGAGACUAUAUCAACGAAAUGGAAAGACGUAGUGCCGGUGAAUUUUCGUCUCUGCUGCCCUUCCAGACCAACAAUGACAUUUUACUCGCCGAUGCCAAUUCACAUGAAGCUCUAAGGCAAAAGGUGAACACCAUGUUCAAGCAAGUGAUCAGUAGCUUAAACAACAAUGAUGUUGUGCCACCUAUUUCAGAAGUAUUUGAUUCAUUUGCUGAAAGUUACGAACGGGAUCUGAUAUCAAAAGAGAAUUCAGUUCAAAAGAAAAGGAUAGAGUUGGAGCUCUAUACAAAGCGAUUGGCUGAGACAAAACGUGUGCUAGAAUCCAUCGUGUUUAAUGCUGAAGACACUAUUGCUUAUGAGGAAACAGGUAAAAGGGGCCUGCUGCUUGAAUCUAGGCUUAAGAAAUGGCUCCAGUUUAGUCAAAAAGAGACACUCUUGUACCUCAUCAAGGCUGCAGAAGACAAUCCUCAUAGUGGCAACACAGGUGCGACCAGCAGCAGUAGCACACCUCCAUCGGAACUGAUCGAAUUAAAGAAGACAGCUGAACUAUUGCAACAGGAGCUUGCAGAGUUGCAGAGCUCGAGGAAAGAUAAAGUACGAUCAUUGAUAAACAUCUUGUGUCAGAUACCUAGUAAAAAGUAUCAAGAUUACAAGAGACUGAUCUCGACAAGUUGCAAUAUUCCAUAUGAAAAUGUAGAAAUGAUGCUAGAGCCUUUACUGGCUUCAUUUGAGGAAGAAAACCUUCCUGAACGAGAAAUGACAGGUGUAUCCGCUUCAUAAUUUUAUAAAUAAACCGUAUUAUUUAAGACUGUUGGUUGUGCAAAAACUUCCUUGAUGUAAAUCCGUUUAAGGUUUUGAAGUGUAUGUUUAGUUUAUAUAAAAUAAAAGGAAUGCAAACUAAGCUUCAUUAUCUUCCAACACAAUGCUUUCAAUUUCAAAAUUAGAUUGUGAAGAAGAAGAAGAAGAAGAAUCUAGAGUCAACAACUCGCUCUGGAUGCUUGAUCCAUCCGUAUUCAUUAUCAUACUAGCAGCCUCGCUAUUUGAAAUUAAUGCUGACUCAGGCAUAUCGUCUCCUGUUGUCGUUGUUGCUAUCGAUGCUGAUAAAUCU